CGCUCAACCCCCAUAAUGAUUAAUCUGAGUGCAGCGAAUGCUGAACCCCUGAUGCCGCGCAUCAUACGCAAAUCUUGGCAAUAUGCAUAGACUGUAUACACUACCGCCUCCUCCACCUUCACCGUCCCCCUCUCGCAGAGCAGCGAGCGGGCGCCGGACAAUCUUGCGGCCUGCGCUGGCGCCAUGAACGGCCGGUCCUUGUAGCAUUGCGCAGCAUACACACCGAGCAUCGCAUAGUUUGGGCUUAGAAACGCAGCCGCAGUCAUGUCACUGAACGGCCAUAUCACUUUGUCGCGGGUGAAUACUGCGACGAGUACGGAGAAGGAGCUGCACAGACAGAUGCCUCCUCUGCAAACAACAUCGUUAGAGCGCAACAACACCGCACAAUCGCGCCCGCAAACCGCUGCCAGAACGUCGAACAUCGACGUCAUGUCGCACGACGGGAGCCUCAUAUCUCCACAAUCGCCCACUCGACACCAGCGCUUUGUCCUGACUGACAUAGUUGCAUCCCGUUAUCUCGAAGACGACCCCCAAACCACAGUCCUUGCACGCCGGCAAAAGAUCGAAGGCUACGAGAUAUAUCUCGUCGAACAAUGGGCAUGCUCACGAUCGCACCCUACCUUCCUCAUCACCACCUACACGGGCAACCCUGAAGAUACGGUUCUGGCUACGAUCAUCAGCGUGCCCGCAGACGAAACACAGUGGUCACCGCAGAUGCAGUUGUACUUCAACUCGCUGAAUGAGUACCAUGCGCGCAGAAGAGAUACACCUUACGGCACACUGAUGGUCACCAACCUGAACGGCUUCCCUUCGUCCUUGACUGUCAUCCCAAUUCCCGGCGGUGAUAUGCGGAAGUACAGAGAGAUCUUCUUUGUCAACGAGAACUUGAAAAGACUCGGGUGUUCAGGCCGAUUGGGAAUCAAGCUUGCACCGCCUAGCAGUGCGACCGAAGCCAAGUUUCAUCAGCUAUACCGCACCAGCGAAAAGAUCCCUCUGAACGGCGCUGUCAUCGAGCUCGUGAAGCUUUGCCAGGUCGCAUUGGUUCUAUUUGGCAAGCUUGAGCCCGAGUACGCAGACGGUCUACUUUGCGAUGUCACUGAGAAGGCUAUCAAUGACUGGUGGGUCGAGUUCGGCGCAGAAUAUUAUACGGUCGAGCCACACGAUGGCAUACUCGGUCCUACUACCGUCGCCGCGUUGUUGGGUAUGCUCAUAGGCGCGCGCAAUCGCUUGAGUGCGCUAAAUGCGCCAAUUGCCAAAGAUGUGUUCGACAUCGAGAGCACCAAGAAGGGCAUUGCGCAUUUUCAAAAGACUCAUCACAUACCGCGAUCUCGGCGAUUGGACAGACAGACGCUUGACAGGCUGCGCAGAGCGACUGCGAAGGCUGCGAGUAAGGAGAGCUGGGGCGUACCAAGAGCGUUCAAGUCAACUGUGGCUGAGCUAGGCGGAAAGGGCGGCGAAAUGGUGAUGGGGAUCGUAGGCGCUGGCGAAAAGGACGGUAUCGCCGAAGUGGAGACAGUAGACAUCGACCGGUUUGUGGAACUUGUACGCGGAGAUCAUGCUAAAUGGCUAUGGCACGGUCGACCUCGAAAGACCGGAUCUGGAGACAUGUUCGAUCGACUACCGGAUGAAGAUGGUCAAACAUCACCAAUUACAGCACAGGAUCGCAGUCGAAACCCUUUGAAGAGACAACCCACCCUUGAUGAACAGAAGUUGCCGCGGCGAGAAGCCACGCGAGACGAUCACAAGAAAGAGUUGUUCAGCCCGGAUGGUACAGAGGCCAAAGACAGAGAUCCCUUCUCGAAGCGUGCAGCCAUCAAGGCGAGGCUCGACCCUGAGCGUGGCUUCCACCGCAUCAAAGACGCUGUUGGUCUUCGCAGUCAUGCCAGCAAACUUUCGAAGGAGGAACAUGGCCGACUGCAACUCCAAGGUUCACGGACAGGCCUCAAUGUCUCUCAGCAGGCUGAUCUGGACAGUGUCUACGAGGAUGGCAACGAGCUCAACUCUGUCAUGUCACCCCAACGCGUCACCACCGAUCUUGAGCCCUCCUUCACUAAGGUGCUCACUGAAACCCCACGAGACUCCGCCAGCCACCUUGCGCUAAGUAAGGGCACGUCUACGCUCGACGGCGAACCCGAAUCAUCAGGCUCGAAGCUCCCAACUGCCGAACCAGAAGCUUCCACCCAGCCACCAACAGCUGAGCCCUCAAUAGCCGGUUCUAUAUACCAUGGCAUUGACCUGAACGAAGUGCUACCUCUCGAGGAUGCCCAUGCCUUUCCUGCCCUCCUCCGUCGCACACAAUCUGCCGACCAGAUCCAGCUCUACGACACUUGGCACAGCGAUGACUGGUGGCCGCGCCACCUCUCCUUCAGCAUCGCCGAGGAAAGCGUGCUGAAGUGGCAAAGCGUUGUCAACAUCGAGCCCGACGAAGAAGCCAUUGAUGACACCGACACAUCUACAGUGGCGCUUGGCAGACAAAAAGUAACUUACACUGUGCAGUCCGAACAGCUCAAGCGCCUGCAUCAUCGCCUCGCCGUCCUCUCCGCUACAGAUACGACAUGGGUCAAGACUCGCCUCAAGGAGAUCAAAGAUCUCGACGCCGCAGCAGACGCGGAUAUUGAAACGCUGGAAUCAAUAUACUAUCCUCGCCUAGAUACUUACCACGCUCUGCGCGACGAUACGCACGCUGUUAUUAUGAAUAACCGCGCCCAACUUACCGCAUCGCUGCGCGAAUUGGAUAACGUGAGCGAUAAGUUGGAGUAUGAGAUCAGUGCCUUACGGGGCAAAGUCGAAGACGUCGAAGACUUUGUAGACGAGUUCGAGAAACAAGUUGACUAUGUGUGCGAGAGGGUUGAAGAGCUGGAGAGGACGCUGGGGAGGAGGGAGGGCUGGUGGCACUGGAUCUUCCGAAAGGCGACGGGGAUAGGGAGUCCGCCUUACUAAGUCUUUGAAUAUUGUUGCGUUGUCGUACUGGCGUCAAAGGAAGGGCUUCGUUUUGUAUACCCAUUGCAUCGUUUUUAGAAAAGGAGGCAUACAAGUAGAUUAUCACUAUCCGUAGGUAAGACUGUAAUUACCAAA